GGACGUGCAACCCCAGCCCUCGUGUUAGGUUACCCUAACGGGGGCAUUGCGAAUGCUGAUAAUCACGAUGUUGUCCCACGCCGUCGCGGGGCAGUAACAUUUGUGCGCCGCCUUAUCGUUUUGCUCGUGCCUACAUUCAUUUUUGCCUUCUAUUCACUCGUUCUUUCCCUCCUGAAUAUUGCUGGCUGGCGACUUCCACAACGGUGAUCCACAAUGGCUAUAUUAGCGGUACCAGAUUUAUCCCAGCACCCUGCUCUUCGCCACCCUCAACCCGUCACGAGAGACACUGCGAAAGCGCAGCGCAUGCUCGGCCUGCUUGCAGAAUCAGCAGAAGCAAAAUUGUUCCGUGAGAAGUCGAUCACUACAAGAUGGCUGGAGAGGCCGCUCUAUGCGCAUCUGGAUGUUUCAGAUGUGGAGUCUGAAAAAGAGAGCGAUGACGACUCAACCCCGGAGGCACCCAAGACCCACACACGCCAAGACAAUCACUUAACCAAGGAAUACAACAUCUCACCUGUGGUACCACAGAAGCAAUGGACCAAGCCGGAACGACCGUCUCCGGCGUCUUUCGACUCGGUCGAAGCAGUACAGAAGCUCGUAGAGCCUAGAGUCAGCAAACUGGAGAAGUCAUUCGAUAUCAAGCGAGUCGAAUCGACAGACUGGAUGCCGCCGUCGUACAACCGAGAGGAGAUUCAAUCGAUAGCCUCAUACUCGUCCUCUCCGGAAUGGGCCGCCCUGUCGAACACACUGAAGCAGCAUGCUCGCCAGCAACGACCUGUAUCGCUGCGGCUCGACAGCGCAAACCUUCUUGCCAAGCCUACCUUAUCCUCUACCCCUAGCUUCUCGUCUUUCGGCAAGGACGAGCCAGACCUUCGCCUGAUGCACCCACAGACUUGGGGCGCCCCGCCGGCACACCCAGCACAAACGAAGCAACCGAAGCAACCCCAGCAUUCCGAACCGUACGACUCGGGCCGGGAGAGCUUCGAGUCCAUCGAAAAGCCAUGGCUAGAGGGCAGGCCACGUCCCAUGUCGUUCGCAUCAUACCACUCUCGCAACCGAUCGAAGACAAAGAUUGCGUCGUCGAGAAGUUCUAGGCUGAACACCUACCCGAACUUCUCACGCAAGAUGUCUGGCGAAAACCCAGAUAACCUUGUCGAUCAACACUACGACCGGGACACAACAUAUGGGGUGCAGGAAACACAUUGGGGAGAGGGUGCUGUUGUGGCAUCACCUGUACCUGUCUCAGCACCUCCAUUCGAGCGUAAGAACACAUUCGAGCGCAUUGGAGGGAGGAUGCUGAGUGAUGAAGAGAAGGAGCUCGAGAAGGAGAAGGCAGCCAAGGCAGAGAAAGGGAACAAGGCGAAGAAUCGAUGGUCCACGAUACCGAAUCUUCUCAAGUUCGCGAAGCCAGCUAAGCGUGCCUCAAAUGCCAAUGAAUUGGAUAGGGCUGCUGUUAUCGAGGGUUUCAGGUGUGUAAGCCAGAACGUACCCGAGGUCAACAACCAGGCUUCCAUCAUCACCCACCGCUACUCGUCUUACAACGAGCCCAUCCACAGCGAAGCUGAGCCUACACCCUUGCCAGAUCCUCAAUCGCAGCUCAAACCUCUGGACUUUCUGCCAACACCACAGCACUCGCCGCUUGCUAUGUCUUUCGAUAAGUCACCGCGCAACUCUACUGUCCUACCACCGCCAUUUGCACCUUGGGCAGGCACAGCGGAUCCGAACGCCACUCCACCCAGCCCGCCUGCCUCAAUCUCCAACCCCCUUAACAACCCACAGCGACGCAAGAGUAGCAACCCGCUGCUAUCACCUGGUCACGGCUACCCCUCACCACUCAGCCCAAGCUCGCCGCGCGAGAUGUUCGAAAGUCGUCCCACCUCGCUCCAUUCCCACCGCAGCAGCACGUUUUCCUCGCACAUGGCUACAAGUUCAACAUCCCGGACAAGUGCUUCAAGUGCAGCACCCUCAUGCUUGAGCUUCAUCUCGCCCACUGUCAUGACAGCACCCCAGCCGCCGUUCGCAAGUUCAUCGACCUCAACACCACGACGCGGCACGCCGAUGCUCGAGCGCACGUGUCUUCUCUGCAAGGCCUCAAAGCCCAUGGACGACUUUAACACACGACGAAUCACAGCGAACUGCUGGCACGAGACAUCAACAUGCAUGGCUUGCAUGCAAGCCUGGGUGGAGAACAGCAUGGACAGGCGAGAGCGGUGCGUCUGCCCGGAAUGCUCGGAAAACAUGUCUUACGAGGAUGUCGGCGCUUUUGCUGUCGAUGCACUCGGUGGACGCGCAGAUGGGCGGCACUGGGUCUAAAGCUACUUCAGAACACAUAGUAUUGCUAAUUAUAAUGAAAGUGUGUCGUAUAUUCUUCACACCACAAUAAACCUAUCAGCU